UUGCAACACACGCUCACAAUUGGAUCUCUUCAAAAAUUCGAGUCCCCUGACCUGACCUGACCUGAGUGAGCAACCACAGUGAGAUAGAGAUAGAGAUAGAGAUAGAGAGGCUAUGGCUCAUUCACUAGCCUCACCACCACCACAACCACCGCCCGCUACCGCAACAACAACUAAGAACAACUCCUGUUUCCAAUCUUGUGUGGGUUUCCAGAAAGUCAGGGCCUGCUAUCAUCAAGUAUCAGACGGUGCCAAUGCCAAUGACAAUGCCCAUGCCUGGAAUAACAGACUUGUUAUCAACAGCCGCAGGAGUUUGGGAUUGGGUUUGGCUGGUGCACUUAUCAGCUUCAAUGUGAGUGACCCAAGUCCGAUUGCAAAUGCGGCAGCUAGACGGCCUCCACCGCCCCCAGCAGAGGAGAAGGAGAAAAAGGACCCCAAUGUGAGUGGAGUUUUAGCCAAAGUACUGGCCAGCAAAAAGAGGAAGGAAGCCAUGAAAGAAUCCGUGGCAAAGCUAAGAGACAAGGGGAAGCUCAUUGAACAACCAUCCCAAUCCCAACCCUAGUUUCUUUCUCUCUCUCUUCUUUUUCAAGGACCGAAGGAAUGAAGAAGAGGGUUUUGUCCCUUCAUUGUUGUGUAUGCUCUUCCAGUAUUAUUAUUGGACAGGCUUUCAUUCGCAUUUUUGUCUUAUCUUGUUAGUGCCACUGCCAGCCAAACCAACUUGAUGCUGCUGCUGGUAUAUAACAUAUGUAAUCUAAUCAUUCAUCAAAUUGGAUCAUCUUACCAUCUCCAAUA